CGCACCGCGGCUCCAGAGCACCGCCCGGCCGGGAGUUACACCUCCCUGCCGGCGGGCAGAGGAAAGUUCGCGCUGCCAAAGAAGUACGAAGAGCCGGGAGGGUCAAUCUGCGCCGGAGUUCAGGCUGUGGGCCAAAAGCCCCGGCUAUAAAGCCGUCAAAGUUGCCUCCUCCUCGCGGGUGGGAAGGACAAACUAACAGGGCGGAGAAGCUGCCCAGAGGCUGGGUGCUGUCGCACUGCACCGAUUCCUCGGGCCCCGAGCCGGCGCCAUGUGGAAUUUGCUGCUGCUGCUGCUGCUGACUGUGCUCGUGUUGGCGAUCCUUGGCACAGUUUACGUAGGACUCUUUGCAGAGAGCUCCCCGAACCCCUUUUCCGAGGAUGUCAAGCGGCCACCUGCCCCCCUGGUGACCGACAAGGAAGCCAGGAAGAAGAUUCUCAAACAAGCUUUUUCAGCCAGCCGGGUGCCAGAGAAACUGGAUGUGGUGGUGAUUGGCAGUGGUUUUGGGGGCCUGGCAGCAGCUGCAAUUCUUGCUAAAGCUGGCAAGAGAGUUCUGGUGCUAGAGCAACACACCAAGGCAGGAGGCUGUUGUCAUACCUUCGGAAAGGAUGGCCUUGAAUUUGACACAGGGAUCCAUUAUAUUGGGCGCAUGGAGGAGGGCAGCAUUGGUCGUUUCAUCUUGGACCAGAUCACUGAGGGGCAGUUGGACUGGGCUGCCUUGUCCUCUCCCUUUGACGUCAUGGUUUUAGAAGGACCCAGUGGCCGCAAGGAGUUCCCCAUGUACAAAGGGGAGAAAGCCUACAUUAAAGGCCUCAAGGACAAGUUUCCCCAAGAAGCAGCUGCCAUCGACAAGUAUAUAAAGUUGGUUAAGGUGGUAUCCAGAGGGUACUUUCAUGCCAUCUUGUUGAAGAUCGUCCCGUUGUUUGUGGCUCAGCUUCUCAACAAGUCUGGUGUGCUCAGCCAUCUCUCUCCCUUCCUUCGAGCAUCCACACAGAGCCUGGCUGAGGUCUUGCGCCAGCUGCCGGCCUCCCAGGAGCUGCGGGCCGUGCUCAGCUACAUCUUCCCCACUUACGGUGUGCCCCCCAAUGAUGCUUCUUUUUCCAUGCACUCCCUGCUGGUUGACCACUACCUGAAAGGGGCCUUUUACCCCAGAGGGGGGUCCAGUGAAAUCGCCUUCCACACCAUCCCAGUGAUUCAGCGAGCUGGUGGUGCCGUCCUGACAAGGGCCACUGUGCAGCGGGUGUUGCUGGACUCAGCUGGGAAAGCGUGUGGGGUCAGUGUGAAGAAGGGUCAGGAGCUGGUGAACAUCUACAGCCCCAUCGUGAUCUCCGACGCAGGCCUGUUUAAUACCUAUGAGUGCUUGUUGCCAGAGAGCGCCCGCUCCCUGCCAGGUGUGAAGCAGCAGCUGGGGAUGGUGCGACCAGGCCUGAGCAUGCUGUCUGUUUUCAUCUGCCUGCGGGGCACCAAGAAGGACUUGGGUCUGCAAUCUACCAACUUCUAUGUUUAUUUUGACACAGACAUGGACAAGGCGAUGAAGCGUUACCUCUCGAUGCCCAGGGACAAGGCUGCGGCACACAUCCCCUUUCUCUUCGUUUCUUCCUCAUCAGCCAAGGACCCAACGUGGGAGGACCGAUUUCCAGGGCGGUCCACGAUGAUCGUGCUGGUGCCUACUUCCUAUGCAUGGUUUGAGGAGUGGCGGGAUGAGCCAAAGGGAAAGCGAAGCAGUGGCUAUGAGGCCCUCAAAAACUCCUUUGUUGAAGCUGCUCUGUCAGCUGUCAUGAGGCUGUUCCCGCAGCUGGAGGGAAAGGUGGACAGUGUGACUGGAGGAUCUCCACUGACCAACCAGGUCUAUCUGGCUGCUCCCCGUGGUGCCUGCUAUGGGGCUGACCAUGACCUGGGCCGCAUGCAUCCUCGUGUGAUGGCCUCCAUGAGGGCACAAAGCCCCAUCCCCAACCUCUACCUGACAGGCCAGGAUAUCUGCACCUGUGGGCUGAUGGGAGCCCUGCAGGGCGCACUGCUGUGCAGCAGUGCCAUCCUGAAGCGGAACUUGUACUCAGAUCUUAAGAAGCUUGGCUCAAGGAUCCAGGUGCAGAAGAAGAAGAAUUAGUUCAGUCAGGGAUGAGCCAGAAGAUUUUGACCAGUGCUUUGACUUACCCAUAAUGUCUUUCUACAUUAGUGCCUUGCUCAUAUAAAGCACCUGUAAUUUGGUUUUAAUUUCCAAAUAGUGGCCUUAUACUCUAGUCUAAUAUACAUCACUGUUCUUAGACUGAAGCUCUUCCACCUGGUGAAGGUGACAUGCUACCCCCACUGAAAAGGCCCAGGGCAGGCUACUGAUUUAGAUCGCCUCCAGGUCUCAGCAGGCAGUGCGCUGCAUCCCACAGCCACACCUCCUUACUCUGAACAAGUGCCAGCUGGACAGACCCUUAAAAGCGCCGGUGGAGCUGAAGCAGAUUGGCCCAGUUGUCCUGAGAUGUCUCUCAUUUACUCUUGGGCUGCGUUAAAGGAGUUCUACAUAGUUGAGGAGAAAGGGUCCCCAGUGAGGUUUCAGUCAGAAUGUGGGGAUGAUUUUGGUGUGAGGUGCCAAGGCCUUCAGAUCCUGCUUUUGCUGAUUUCAGGGGUUGCUCCAGAGGCUGGAAUCAUGCCUGACAGGCUUGUGGUUGUAGGGGCAAUGGCAAGCUAUGUUAGUGAGGUGUGUAUAAAGGGCCAGCUCACACACAGCCAGGCCCUAGGCUCAUCUUCUUUGUGAUCAGAGUGGCACUGGGAUCUCAGCACCCCAGCACCAGAACACAUCCACAACACAUGGGGGAGCGUGAUACUAGCAGUGUGGGCACAGGACUGGAAAGAGGACUGCAGUUAAGGCAGCUGAAAGAGCAUCUCAGACCUCAGGUAUAGCGAAGAUAUGUACAGGGAGACAACCAAAACCCAGCUGCCGGGGCCCUCCCUGGUGGCGCAGCAGGUUAAAGCACAGCACUGAGAAUCUAAAGCUGCUUCCGCAUGAGUUCU